UUAUCAUUUCCUCCAUCAUUGCAGCCAAUGAUGACUUUCUGUUUGUUCUAGAACUGCGGGGCCGCCGUGGCUAGAUGCCACAUUCUGACGGCUUAUCACGUGAUUAUGAGCAAGGCAUCACUUUUAAUUCACAUUUGACAGCGAUCUCAUCAUUACACUAUACAUGCCUCUGUCUCGCCGCUUUCCAUCCGAUUUCUUCACAAGCAAUAUCACCAAAUCUCUGCAAAAAUCCCUCAAAAUGAACACCUCACAAACCAAAAUCCCCACGCGCAUCAUGAUCAUCUCAGACACCCACACCUUCGAAUUCAACAACCGCAACAUCCCCUUCUCACUCUCCAACAUCCCAUCGGAUAUAGAUAUUCUUCUCCAUUGUGGAGAUCUCACCAAAGUAGGCGGUCUCUCCGAAUACCGCGCCGCUCUCCAAAUGCUGAAAUCCAUCCCGGCGAAAUUAAAACUUGUUAUUGCGGGGAAUCAUGAUCGGACUUUGGAUAAGGAGUGGGUGGUUCGUCAAUGUUUGCGCAGGGGAUAUACGGAUGAGGAGAAAGAGGAUGCGCUGAGGGAGUGUGAGGAGGGUAAUGCGAUUAUGCGGGGGGAUUUGGCGGGGGAGGCUGGGGUUACUUAUUUGGAGGAGGGCGUGCAUGGGUUUGUUUUGCGGAAUGGGGCGAGGGCGAGGGUUUAUGCUUCGCCUUAUACGCCGGAGUUUUGUGGGUUUGGGUGGGCGUAUGAGAGGGAGAGGGAUAGGUUUAAUGGGGUUGGGGAACGGAAGGUUGGGAUGGAAGGGGUGGAUGGUGCGGUGCGUAUACCGGGUUUUGAAGAGGGUGAAGAUGAGGAUGGGAAUGGCGGGAAUGUGGAUAUUGUUAUGACUCAUGGGCCUCCGAUGAAUAUUUUAGAUAAAGUAGAUGGAUACGCGGGACAUGUCGGAUGUGUUAAUUUAUUUAAAGCGCUCACUAGAGCAAAACCGAGAUUAUUCUGCUGUGGACAUAUUCACGAGGGUCAUGGGGCCGAAAUGGUAAGUUGGGGUGAGAAAGGUAAUCCUAUCUCUGGGAGAAGGAAUGUUGAUUGCCAAUGGCCGGAUAUAAAUAGAGAAACUAUUGAGGAGGGAAAGCAAACGUUGAUGGUUAAUGCGAGUAUUAUGGAUGUGAGGUAUCGACCUGUUAAUAAACCGUGGUUUGUGGAGCUUGAUUUACCGAGAGCGAAAAUGGGGGAGUCGGAGUUGGAUGGUGUAGGGGCUUGAAUGGGACUGGGGUUGUGGGACUGGACUCGACUGGACUGGACUGGACUGGACUGGACUGGACUGGACUACCUUCUUUUUAAUCAUGUUGGAUAUUGAGGAAAGUGGAGGGAGUGGAGGGAUCGCGUACUAAACUUUGGAGAGGAUAUCACACGCAAGGGUUUAUUCUAGACAUUAUUUGGAGAUGAGGAGAGAAGUUUGAAGUAGGAAUAUUACG